AGGCCCGCGAUGUCCGACGGACGGCGUGCGAACUCGAACACGCCGUUCCGGUUCCGUCCUCGACAGUACAUUAAUAGUACGCAGUCACGCGUCCCGUCUUUCGCGUCGUCCGGUGCGAACCGUUCGUCUUUUCGUCUCGUGGAAACGAAAAAUCCGCAAAACCGCUGCUGGCCGAGUUCGCCGUAGAUCGCGAGUGGUUUCCGAUCGUCGUUUGGCCGGCGAAAAGUGCACCGCACGCGCGCUCGUACACGCUAGCCGCGCAGCCACCGAGCGGAUAUCGGACGGCAAAUAUGAACGGCGGCGGCGGCGGUGUCCGGCGGUGGUCCGCGACCGACUCGUCCGGCGGCAACGGGCGACCCGAAAUUCGGCUGGACGACGGCUGCGGCGGCGGAAGUGGGUACCCUCACGCUUGGCUCAGGAACAACUGCCAGUGUCCGUCGUGCACGUCCGCCGAAUCCGGUUUCCGGAAACAAGUGAUCCGUGAUUUUCGGUUCGGCUCGGCGCCGGCCCGACUUCAAAUUAUAAGCAAUGAUAAGCUUUAUGUGAAAUGGGAUGACAGCCACGAGAGUACUUACGACUUACAAUGGCUACUAGAGAGAAAUUUUAAUGAGGGUCAAGAACGCCACGAAAAUCAGCAAGUCAAAUGGACUGCGGAAUCGUUUUCAGCUAUAUUUCGGUCAUUUAAAUAUGAGGACGUAAUCAAAAGUGAUGAAACUUUGCUACAAUGGUUGGAAACGUUGGCAGUCUAUGGCAUUUCAGUGAUAAAAAGUUGCGGGUUGGAACAUGACCGGGUAAAAGAACUCGCCGGACGCGUUGCUUUUUUGAAGAAGACACAAUACGGGGAAACGUUCAAAGUUGAAGUGAACUCUGAUGCGACCAAUUUAGCAUAUAGAUCAACAUACUUACAGCUACAUACGGACUUGCCAUAUUACGAAUAUACACCGGGGGUUAUUUUGCUGCACUGCAUCGUUCAACCAGAAUCCAGUGGCGGUGAAUCCGAAGUGUCCGACGGUCUGUCGGUGUGCGACCGUCUGAAGGAAUUGGACGUGGACAGCUAUAAGACGUUGUCCACGGUGCCGGUGAGGUGGAUUGAUCGCGGCCACGACGCUGGCUACAGCUUCCAUAACAUUUACGUCUCGCCCGUAAUUUGCGAAGACAGUUAUGGAAAUAUCAAGAGAAUUAAUUUUAGUGAGCAUCACAGAGAUUCGAAAUUUCCUGUAUCAAUAGAUAAAGUACACAUUUGGUAUGAUGCAAUCGAAAAGUUUGUUAAGAUUGCGUACAACGAAAAAAUCAUCAGCACUUUUAAAAUGAAACCGGGGGACAUUUUAACUUUUGACAACCAUCGAGUACUACAUGGAAGAAAAGGAUAUCAAGGCUCCAGAUUAUUAAUUGGUGGUUAUUUGGACUGGGAUUUAAUUAAAUCAAGAACUAGAGUUCUCCAAUCUCAACUGUCAAAUAAAAAUAAUAACUAAUCAUAUGAAUAAUUUAUGAAUAAACAAAUCAAAUAUUUAUAUAAUUCGAUAAUUAUAAACUAUUAACUAUAUUAAAUAAGUUCAAUUAAAUAUGGUAAAAAUUAUAUGUAAUUAUAUAAGUACUCAUUUUAUUAAUUUGCAAUUUUUUUUUAUUUUUUCAUUAGUUUAAUAUUUAACAAACACGUGUAUGUAAGAUUAUUUAAAGUUAUCAAUUAUAACAUUUAAUAAUAUAAAUAUGUAAAUUAAUUACGUACUGGUGAAAUUGCAAAUAAUCAUACUAGUUUUUUUGUAUAUAAUUAAUUCUCUAUUAUUAUUUAAGAUACUUUUUUAUUAUUAAAAAUAAUAAUAUGUUAUGCAUCCUAGAAUUAUACUAUCAAAAAUAAUGCGUUUUGACUAUUUGUGUUAUAAUAAUAUGAGCUCUUAAACUCAACAUAAUUCUAUAAUAAAACCAGAUUUUACGAAUAAUAUAUGAGAUACAUAAAGUGUCCAGGCAUCCUCUUUCAUACAGAAAAGUUCCGUAAUUUAAAUAUCUAUUUUUGUGUCCCGAUAAAAUCUUUCGGUACGCUAAUUAUUGUUUUCUUUUUAUUAAAAUAUAAUAAAAUACACAUAUACUUAGAAAAGAUACAUUAAGAAAAUGUCAACUGAAAUAUUAGACGUCAAAAAAACACAUCAACUAAAAAUAUUUUUUUAUUAUUAUUUGCAAUGUUUUAUUUUUGUUUUAACACCCGAAUUAUAUGAUAUAAAUAUUGUUUAAAUGUUUUUUUUAUUCAUUAAACUAUUAAAGGAUGAAAUGCUAUUUUAUUAAAAAAAAAUGAUUUAUUUUAGUAAACAUAAAAAAUAAAUCCCGUAUUAAUGUAUUUUAUAUCUGCAGGUCACCUUUGUAUACAUAAUAUAUCUAAUAAUUUACCACAAAUUAAUUUAUUUUUUAUAAUAUCAAAGCAAAACUCAAGAAUGAAUAUUAUUUAUAAUGUAUACUAUAUUACACAGUAUAGUGAGUAUUGUAACCAGAAAAACAUAAAUUUUAUUUUAUGUUAAAUCUAACAAAAUCUCAUAACAACAUGCAAUUAUAUUCAAUUAUCUUAAUA